CUGCCGCACUACUCUCUUUUCUUUUUCCUUUUAGCCAAGAAUCAAGACAUUCCAGAAUGGCGGACUCCUACGCCUGGAUCUUUAUUGUCGGCAUAAUCGUCUUUUUCUUGAUAAUAGUUGUGCUGCUAUGCUUCACCAAGGCGAGUGGCAGCCAGCUGUUCUCCAGCAUUUCCACCAAUGACCCUGAAUUGGGCACCGAAUUCGUUGAAACUCCUGCCAUGCUGGAAACCUUAUCUGAAGACGCUAGACUUAGCUAUGAGCGUGCCAAAGCUUGGCAGACGGCCUACCCUCCUGAAAGUGUCCCAACCGAUAUUACCUUGUCACAAUACCUUAUUAUACAAGAGAAAGGCGUUGCAGCCUUUGAAUUUGAAGCAGAUAUGACAGAAACCAAUGCUUUUGUCUCUGGCCGGACAGAGAUCCAAUUCUUCAGGGAUGAAUGUUGUGUUCAAACAAAUUUGCCGUUUCCAAAGAAUCAAGAUGUCUAUUAUUUUGAGGCAAAAAUGUAUGAAAAACCUAUAUCGACUACUGUAGCUGUUGGAGUCGGAACCAAACCAUUUCCAAAUUGGCGUAUGCCAGGUUGGAAUAAACAUUCGGUGGGCUAUUUCAGCCACAACGGAUGCAAGAUGUUCAAUAACCCCUUUGAGGGUAAAUCUUAUGGUAUGCCAUUCAAUGAAGGAGAUGUAGUUGGAGUAGGCUAUAGACACCGAACCGGAACCGUAUUUUUUACUCGGAACGGACGGAAAAUAGAAGAUGCCUACUCUGGCUUGAGAUGGAACCUCUUUCCCACUAUUGGCGCAAACGGUCCAUGCCAAGUACAUGUUAACUUGGGACAAAUGGGCUUUGUAUUCAUUGAAGCUAAUGUCAAAAAGUGGGGUUUGGCUCCUAUGCAAGGCACACUAGCCCCACCACCGGCUUACGGAUCUGAAAGAGGCUCCAUUCUGUUACAAACUGGUGUUCCAAGAAACUCAAUUGAUCGACCCAGAAACGAAGACAUUCCCGAGGAGUCGCCGUUGAUAUCCCUUGAGCAUACGUCCCAUAUUCCUCAUCAUCAACCUCCAGAAUACUCCAGUCUUCCUCGCCACAGUUCUUUAUCUCGGCGGCUGUCUGAAGAACAUGCUUCUAAUAACGAUCAAACUUCCAAUGAAAACGAAAGCGAUCGUCCCGCUAGCUCGCCAUAAUUUCCAGGUUAUCUGCUAUCUCAUAGCGCAAUUUGUAAACGUCACUCCCUCCCUUCUUUUCCUACUUUGAACUGCUAUACCCUAAAUCAUACAAUCAGCGUCCAUUUUGUCCCUAGCCCUUGUAUAUAACUUUCAGGAAUUUACACUGUACUACAUAAUCAAUAACAAUUCGACUAUAACUGAGCUGCGUUCAUUAUCCUAACA